AUGGCGACUAUCUAUGAGAAUAAUGUGUUUAGGGGAAAUUUCAGUCUGCCGUCAAUCUAUGAUUGGCCAAAGAAAGUUCCCUUGGAGAAAAGUCAGCAUAAAUAUUAUAAAAUUCAUACUGGAUGGAAGUUUUAUGAAAGUAAUGAAUAUGAGAAAACUGUUAGCCAGAGAAGGAAACUUAAUGAGCCUACAAAGAUUCAUGCUGGACAGAAGCCCUAUAAAGGUGAGGAAUUUGGGAAUGUCUUCAGCCAGAGUGGACACCUUACUGAAUGCAAAAGGGUUCAUACUGGGCAGAAGCUAUUCAAUUGUAGUGAAUGUGGAAAAGUUUUCAACCAAAGGAGAUACCUUACAGUACAUGAGAGAAUUCAUACUGGACAGAAGCCCUAUGAAUGUACUGAAUGUGGGAAAGCUUUCAGCCAGAGAGGACACCUCAAUCAACAUAAAAGUGUUCAUACUGGAGAGAAACCCUUUGAAUGUAAUCAAUGUGGGAAAUCCUUUUGCCGAAAGGAAAGACUUAGUGAACAUCAGAAAAUUCAUAGAAUACACCUUAGUGUACAUGAGAAAAUUCAUGCUGGAGAGAAGCCCUUUCUGUGUAAUGAAUGUGGAAAGUCUUUUACCUGGAAGGCAAGCCUUACUAUUCACCAGAGAAUUCAUGCUGGAGAUAAACCUUUUGAAUGUAGUGAAUGUGGGAAAGUUUUUAGGCACAAGAAAUCCCUUUUUUGUCAUCAGAGGAUACAUACUGGUGAAAAACCCUUUAGAUGUAACGAAUGUGGGAAAUUCUUCAGGCAGAGAGGAAACCUUAUUGAACAUCAGAGGAUCCAUACUGAACAGAAACCUUUUACAUGUAAUGAAUGUGGGAAAUCCUUCAGCUGGAGGAGUUACCUUACCAGUCAUCAAAAAAUUCAUACUGGAGAGAAACCCUUUGAGUGCAGUGAAUGUGGGAGAUCCUUUACCUGGAGGAGUCACUUUGUCAUUCAUCAGAAAAUUCAUGCUGGAGAGAAACCUUUUGAUCUCAAGGCAAGACUUACAGAACAUCAGAGGAUUCAUACAGGAGAGAAACCUUUUGAAUGUAAUCAAUGUGGGAAAUCCUUCACUUGGAGGGGAAGCCUUAAUGCACACAAAAGAAUUCAUACUGGGGAAAACUCCUUUGAGUGUAAUGAAUAUGGAAAAUCCUUUAGUCACAGGGCAGGGCUUACUGAACAUCGAAUAAUUCAUAGGGAAGAGAAGCCCUUUGAGUGUAAUGAGUGUGGAAGAUCCUUUAGCAGGAGAGGAAACCUUACUAACCAUCAGAGAAUUCAUGAUGGAGAAAAACCCUUUAAAUGUAGUGAAUGUGGGAAAGCCUUUACGUGCAGAACUAACCUUUACCAUCAUCAGAGAAUUCAUAGUGAGAAAAUGUUUGGUUCCAAUGAAUAUGGGAAGGCCUUCAGCUGUAGAGAGGAAGACUUACUAAUCAUCUGA